CUAUUAAAAUGCAAAUGUGUUUAUAAUAUUCACACUUGUGUCAGCGUCAACUAAAUCGGAAGCGUAUGCUGAACGAAUCUUUGGCUUUCUAUGAUUCUUCCUGGAAAAUGAGCUGAAGGGAAGAAUAAUUAACAUUAGUUUUGUAUUCUUCUUGCUUGCCGAAUAAAUAAAUAAUUAUUUAGAUGCACAUUACUUUUCUUUUGUCUUUCUGUUUUAUUAUUUUUAAAAUGAACUCUCCUUCUCGUUAUUAAACAUCUUUUGUCUGCUUUCCAUCGUUUGUCUGCUUUGAACCUGGUUCCUUCACAGAUCUUUUCCAGCUCAACUUAUGGAUUUUUCUUCACUAAAAGGUUUUGAGCUUGGGAAGCUUGUGUUGAGCUCUGGUCUUUUACACAAAUCAUGGAAUAAGAUCUCAGAGUUACGUGCAUCAGCCCAUCUGAAUCAAAUUCCAGGACCAGGUCUAGGAAUCAAGAUCUUCCAAGAAACCAAAUACACGGUUGUUGUUUUUGUCGCACCACCAAUAAACAUAACUUGCCCUUUACAUUCUGCUUCUACACUUCUUUCCGGGACACAAGAUCAAAACCCUUUUCAUUUCCUCUGCUCCGAGAAGAUCUCCUCCUUCUCUCUUCACACCCCUGCUUUUCAGCUCUUUCUCUCUGCCUACAAUAACAAUCUCCUCCGCCUCAAAACAGAGUUGCUCCAUUUGCUUGAAUCCAAGAAACCUGUGAUCAUCACCGGAGCUGCAUUAGGAGGAUCGGUUGCAUCUCUCUUUACACUAUGGCUUCUAGAAACAGUCGAGCCAACACUAAACCGUCCAUUGUGCAUCACAUUUGGCUCACCUCUAAUAGGAGACGCUUCUCUACAACAGAUUCUUGAAAACUCCUUGAGAAACUCAUGUUUCCUCCACGUGGCUUAUGCUUCACAAACGCCCAUCAACACCGACUUCAAGCCUUUUGGAACGUUCUUGAUAUGUUUCGACUCAGAAUGUAUAUGCAUCGAUGACCCUGAAGCCGUCAUGGAGUUGCUAGGCAGUGCUAAUACGGAUCAUGUAGUAGAUUCGAUAGACUACGGCCAAGUUCUAGCUCGUUUGGAUCAAAACGUGAUGGAAGAUUCAAGAUUGAUGAUAGAUGACGUUAUAACUCGAAUGGAGGAACGUGAUGAGAAGAAGAAAGUGCGUUUUGAUCAGCUCAAGAAACUAAACGACAUCAAAAUAUCAAUGAUAUAUAUAGAAUGGUACAAAAAGAAAAGCAAGAUGGAUAAGAUUGGUUACUACGAUAGGUUCAAGACUCAUAUCGCCUCUAGUGUUUCACCGUUCGACAUAGAUAUUGAGAAGCGUAAAAAAGAAGUCAAUGAUUACUGGAAGUCAUUGGUUGAAGAAGUUGAGAAGAAGCCUCAGAGUGAAAAGUCUGUUCUCAAGACAAGGUCUCUCUUCUCCGGUAACAACUAUAGACGUAUGGUGGAACCGUUAGAUAUUGCUGAGUAUUACCAUAAUGGUGGGAGAGAGUAUAGAAUCUCUGGGAGGUCGAGACAUUAUGUUAUGCUUGAGAAAUGGUUUAAGGAGGCGAAGUUGAACGAACCGCUUAGAGGUAAGGGGACGGAUUUGAGUGAGCUAUUAACGUUUGAUUCUUGCUUUUGGUCUGAAGUUGAAGAAGCUUUGAUCGUAAUCAAUGAGUUGAAAACACAACCAGACGAGGGAUUGGUCGGAAAACUCGUGAAGUUUGAGGAGUAUGUGUGGGAGAGGAUAAGAACACGUGAGGUUUCGCCGGAGAUUUUCUUGGAGAAGAGCAGUUUCAUGAAGUGGUGGAAAGAGUAUAAAGAGAUCAUCAAAGGGUUUCAUUCUUUACCUUCUGACUUCACCAAGUUUAUGAACGAUAGGAUGUACGAGAGGUAUGGUCAAGCCUGCUGAAGAAUAAUGGUUUACAUUUACUAUUGAAAUGUUUUAGUCGAUGAUUGAUUAUUAGUAUUUUAUGGUGUUAAUAACACUAGGAAACCACCCCGCGCGUAAACGCGCGGGAGAAAAUAUGUUUUUUUAAAAAGUAAUUUUUAUAUAAUUUAUA